AUGGCUGCUCUAGAUGAGAUCUGUAUUCGGAAAGAGCUGAACGUGAAAGAGAAGCGCUCGUUGUCUCUCCUGUGGCUUUAUCCCGUGGUCUGCAGCGUCUGCCCAAGGGAAUUGCUGGAGUUAUGCAAAAGAGCCGUAGAGGGUUGAACCAACUCAAUAUUGCACGAACUUCUGGCGCGAUUUCUAGGUCUAGGGCUAUCUCUUCUAAGGAAAAUCUAAGUCACUCUCUUCUACUGAUUUGUCGACCUUCUAACUACAGAAGUUACUUGUACUAGAACAAAGUCUUUUUAUAUAUUACUUCUAACAAAAAGCACUCUCUUCGGCCGAUUAGUCCUUCAUGGCAUCUUGACGGAUCCAGAUGCCACGCUGGCUGCUCGUGUCCUGGUUGAGGGUUUUGUGAUCCUGAACAAGCAGUUCCUUGCUUCUCUAGGCCGAUUUGUCCAGUCACCAAGAUUGCAGGGCAGGUUGUCGCUGUCAAGUUUGGGUAUGGCUUGGGCGAAGAUGUCACUACUUAAUCUAGUACUUACUCAAGUACUACUAGUAGUUAUCUAUGAGAUCUUCAAUCUUUCUUCAUUCCCCGUGGUCUCGAUGGCAGUCAGGCCGUUCAGGAUGCGACGCCUUGGAGCGUCGAGCUUUACCACCGUUACUCCGCGCCAAUAUUCAAAGCUGUGUCGCAAGGCAGUAACAGCAUUCUCGCGCUAAGCAGUUCUGGUUCGGGCCAGAAUGUUAUGGCAUCAUGAAGAGUGUUAUUGUGACUCUGGUGACAGCUGCAGAACCUUGGGGGCACAAGAAACGUUUCUUGCCAUUCUCCUUUGUUUGAGCAAGAGCGCUAUCGUCUGUUCAGCUGCACGACCUAACUAUGUUCAUAAUGAGAACAACCUUGUAAUGCCCGCUCGCGCUUUACAACUAAAGUAUCUUACUCAAAUUUCCCACGCUAACUCUCGAACCAAACGCGCUUCCGCGGCCCACAAAUCCUUGUCCGAGCUGCAGUCUCCUAGACGCAAUCUCAAAUCCCCGCGAGAUCCAGUCAAGAUAUCCCCACAACUGUGCCAAGAACAACUAGAAACGCAGACCUGGAGCGGCUCUUUGGCCUUGAUCUGUUUGACAAGGGAGUUGCUACUGCAAUACACCGAGGACAGGACGAAUUUUCGAUUACGCGAAUUACUGAUGGAGCACUGUUCUUGCUUGUUUGAUGCUUUGCAGUCUUGCAACGAACAGGGCAACGAGUUACAACGCAAGGAAAGCAUACAUCCAUUGACGACGUUUAAGCGGAACUCUCAAACUCAAUCUAGUAGGCCAUCAACUGCCUCAGGGAUGGUGAAAUCUUCUUCCGACACUGGUCUUGGACUAUCCAGUAGGACUAGUAGAUCUUCCUUUGCCUCUCCGACUCGCGGCAAAUUUCCUUCCGCUGGAUCACUCGCUGCUGCCGUAAAGCUCAAUGGAAUAGCGCUGCUGGGUUUGCUCCACUGCGUCGCGCAAUACUUAGCGAAACACCUGUGGCCACGACGAUACUUGCUUCAGG